AGUCAUAUUCUAUUCGUCAUUAUCUUUUAUUCAAACUUUUCCUUCCAUGAACUAAAGCAGUUGUGCGACGUCACCAACCCCUCCCCUAGUUUUCUCCUCUUUCUCAUUCACCAACAAGGUACCCUCUUCCUCUCUCCUCUGAUUUCUUUCCUUCUGCUUCCUGCCAUCGUUUCUCUUCUUUGCUUUUGUUUGGAUGUUUGAUCUUUGCUCCCUUAAAUGGGUUUUCGACAUAGAAAGUUGAUGUCUGAUUCAACCGAUGAAACCUCACCAGAUUACUGUGAGGAUUGUUCCCGAUGUUAUACAUCAUGCUAUAACUUAUGUCCCCUUGCCUGUUACAAAGACCGAUACCCUCCUCCAGUCCCUGUUUCUGACCCCGCUUCUGAUACGAAGACCCCCAACAAGUUGUUGAUCAUAACUUUCACAGUUCUUGCCGCUGCUUUUCUAGUUCUUUGCUAUUAUAUUUACUAUGUCAGGUGCUCGAGAGGCCGGUCGAAUGCUAGGAGGAGAUCACAGCCCCAAACAACUGAAACCCGUGAUGAAUUCCUUGAUGAAGAUCAUGGUCCAAUCAUUGACCAUCCCUUCUGGUACAUCAAUACCGUAGGGCUGCAACCAUCUAUCAUUAAUUCCAUCACGGUUUGUAAGUAUAAGAGAGGUGAGGGUCUUGUUGAAGGAACAGAGUGCUCUGUUUGCUUGAACGAGUUUGAAGAAGAUGAGACUCUCAGGCUGUUACCAAAGUGUAGUCAUGCUUUUCACAUCCCUUGUAUUGAUACAUGGCUAAGAUCGCAUACCAAUUGUCCGAUGUGCCGGGCACCUAUUGUCUUCAACACGGUUAAUAGAGGACCUUCAUCGUCUGAGGUAAAUACUGAAGAUUCAGCAGUAACUGAGGAAACCCAAGUGAUAAUUAUGGAAGAUGAUGGAGAACAACAUGAGAGAGAAACUGAAGGUGGAACAAGGGAACUAAGGGUUAGACCAGAGCAGGAAGAAGAAUUAGCUGUUGAAAAUGAACGAAAGACAGGUGAAAGUUCGGGAGUAGAGGAUGGGAUACAACCUAUGAGAAGAUCAGUUUCAUUGGAUUCCCUGGCAGCUUCCCAAAUCAGCCACGCUAUUGCUAAUGGUUUUCCAGAGGGAUCUAGUGGGAAUUCAGAUAAUGAAUUGGCCAAAGGGAAAGAAUCGAGCGUGAGAAUUGUUACAAGGAGAACUGCAGGAAAUCAAGGUUUGCUAAGGCUGAUGUGUCAUUCUUCUAUAGGUAGGUCUUUGCAGAGUAGGCCAAUUUUCAUGAAGAGGUCAUUUUCUUGCAAUGGGAAAUUCUCCUUGCCAAUAUGCAACAACAACCGCAACAAAAAUCCUCCUUUGAGAAGCUUUUGAUCUUUGCUGUGUGCAUCUACUUUCAGUUGAGGUAUCUGAAACUGAGAUGUCAUGGGAACUCCUCAACAAGCUGAGGGUUUUCUAUAACUUCUUUUUUCUUUCUCUUUUGAAAAUAGAAAAUACUGUGAUUUAAAGAACCUCGAUAAAUAUAGAUGAUGCUAAACUUGUAUAAUAAUACACAGAAAUGAGAUUCAUCAAAAAGAGGAUUCUGUUCUGAAGGGAUAGCUUUUACGCUUUGUGCAGCAUCAGUUUUCGAUAGAAGACGUGCAAUUGUAAGUAAAACAUUUGAGACUUUAUGAUUAUUUUAUCUUUUUGUUUUCCA